AUGUUAAGGCUGAAACGCGUGACGCCGUUUGCUUUUAGAAUCGACCGGUCGACUUUCUUCGUGAUCAUAACUUUCAGCGGCGCCUUGAGGCCUCGUGCAAGCAAAUUGAUUUUCGUAAAUCAACAAACGUUAUCGCCAGAGCAGUUUUUCUCUCGUAGGUUCACUGGGAAAGUUUAUAGUGGUCAUUUUAGGGCUAUCACAUUUUUUUUUGGUUACUAUGUAGUCGAAUUAGCGGCCACUCAAGUGACUAAAAUUUGGUGGACCCUUUAUAUAAAAUUCUAAUUUGUACUACAGGACCACAAAAAAACAACUAUAGUGGGCGCUUAGACGCGAAAUAGCGGCUUUUAGGUGGUUUUAGUGGCCUCUUUGGAGUCCUCUCGAAAUUGUUCUUGAGAAAAAUCUUAAGAAACCCUAGAGUUUUUCACAUUACAUCAGUAUAGCGCGACGUUUUGCGGCUGGCGGCCGUGGUCGACUAGUGGGUGUGGCUUAGCGCAACAAUCGCGCAGUUAUAGGAGGUGGUUCACCGUGUAGGUUUACGCUCUUUCCCAGGUACUCAGGCACUGGUGGGGGACGCGCCGGGUUUGUUAUUUUUUAUGAUACCUAUUGGUAUCUAAGCCCACUUUAUAAUCCGAUUUCAAGCACAGCUGUGCAAAUUUUCAAAGAACCAUAUUAAAUAGAAAAUGGGUACUGUGAGUUUUAUGCGUAAAACUUUUGUUAACCUAAGCAUCAUGAUGAGGAAAGACGCACGAAACAACAAAGGAUUUUAUUAGCUUAAUAUAGCUGAAAACAAAAAUUGCAUCGCAUUGGAUACCUAAUUCUCAAUAAUUUUUUUAAGAUAACCACUUAAAGAUUUGAGCUCAUUUUUUGUUGAAGGAGUUGAGGCGCUCUACUGCAGAAAUGAUUUCUGACUUGCUUUUCGAAGUUAAAAUACUCCUAAAUAUUUAAAUGUUCUCAAGAAUAAUUCCAAACUCUCACGGCUAGCCGGAUUUACAACUCAGCGACAGCAAUUUCAAUUCUAAAUUUAAUUUGCUGCGUUCUCUAACUAGUAAUGCUGAGAAGUCUUCGCCGAAGUUUUUACCGGACUUGUUAUUCGUUUUUCGGGAUUUUUCUAAUCGCAUCUCGCAUCUGAGAUGAAGAAUCGAAAGAGAAAGCGGCUGAACGAAGUUAUGUUGGUAUAGUAAAGCCCCUUUGGUAAAUUUCUCAUGGUGUAUUCGCUAAUUGUCUUCAAGUUGGUAUUUUCAGAGUAACUUCAAACUUUUUUGCGUAUUUUCAGAUGUCCAUUCUUUCACAAAUUAGUCAGAUGCUGGCAGAUAAUUUUUUUACUUCCGUUGGCUCUCAUCAUCGCCUUCUUUUUCUGCGAGAACCCAUUAAGAAGGUUCUUUUUUUAUUUUUUUUGUUUUUUUUUUUGACGCCAGCCUGUAUCAUAAGUUUCAAGAUGCUCAAGUAAUCCAAUAGUUCUCAAUAUUGCAUUUCUUUUUCAGUAGUUAUAAAUUAAACAUUUUUCGAAGCUUUGCAGCGAUCAGUUAGAAGAGAAGUUCAAAGUAUUCAAAUAGAGAAGGUUACAAAAAAAAAAUAAGCGAAAUUACUUACCGCUUACAAAAAAUCUAGUCACCCUUCCUCUAUUGGGAAACAAGAAGUUGGUUUUCCAGGCUACAAACGGCUUCAACUUGGGAAGUUAAUGAAGAAGAAAGAAAGCAACAUGUUUUUGUCAUUUCUUCCUACUACUUCCCCACAUCCUACAGGUAUUUCGGGUCCAGUCUGGAUGAUCAUCCUUUUUAGCUUGGGUAACAACUCAGUCGGUCUGUUGUUGGCGGGUAGUAAGUAUUUUCUGUGGGACAAAGUCGAUAUCAAAGUCGUCGGAUUCAACGCGACAGCAAACGCCGUAGCUUCGCUGAACGUCGAGCGAAUCACUCCACAUAACAUCUGCUUUUUGAUAAACGUCUUCGCCACGGCGCCACUGCUGCCGAAUAUGCAAAAACUCGCCGUCGUGAUGGACGACCAGCUCGUUGAGGUGAUCGUUCGUUUUUUUUUUUUUUUUGAGAAACCCAAGUUUGAGAUUUUUUUAAAACACAUGCCGUGUUGAAAGUAAUUCUGCGGAAGUCAAAAUAGCCACCAGAGAGUGAAAAAAAUAACUGAAUUUCAGAAAUCCAGUUAUUAAUUUCGUGAGAAUUCUUUUGAACGCGGCAUUUGCGAGAGCGCCGCGGUACAUGCACACGACACACUACACUUUACGGAAAAAUGUGGGCGGAGCGUCGCCAAAAAGCGCAGUGCGAUAUCUUUGUUAAUAACGAGUUUUUUGUACGAAAAAAAUAGACAGUUUCGAAGGAAAUCUCACUUAGAGAAAACACAUUCAAAGAUAGGAAUUCAGUUUUAAUAACGAGGUUAUUGUAAACGACAGCAAGUUUAAAAAAAGAAAUAAUUUGAGAAACCCGUCUUCAAAAAGUUAAAAAAACCGUGUUUUCUGUAUUUUUUUUACCUUAAUAAUGUCGAAAAUAGCCGUGUCAAUUUUAUUAGAUAGAAAAUGAGAUCAAAAUUGGUCUAUUGUGUCCAGCGGGGGCGGCGCAGUGCUAAUCGGACGGUCCCUGUAGGUCUGAACUGGUGUCCUCUAUAUUUGAAAAAAAGUUGACAUCAUUCGAUACUGUUCUGACUAUCAGUUCUCAGAUACCAUACUCGAUACCGUCCUCCGUUCAGCGGGACGUCGUUUUCUGCAUUUCGCCGUUGUUCGUCAGCGAACAGUGGCAAACGUUUCUUUUCGCUGUGCACACCUACAAAAAGUUUGGUUCAUCUCCUUAUCAACCGCAAAUGUUUUUUUUUAGUUUCGGUGCGUUCAUGCACUUGUACAUUGGGAGUGCUGUGAAUUCGCUGUUCUAUCUAGCUGAAAAGUACGAAGAGGAGGUAAAGCGUCUUUUUUGCGAUAAAUUCCUGCUAAGGGUUAUUUGAAACUGCAACCGUGGCUUCGAGUCAAGUUGGACGCUGUUCCUCCCGAGGAGUUCGAGCCAAAUAAGGAGAUUGAGUUCCGCAAUCAAGCCGCUUCCCAGUGCGACUGCCUACUCCAAUACAAGGUCACAAAAAUCUAUUUUUGUGGAAGCUUGAAAAAGUUUAUACUCUGCCUAGGAACUCCAGAGUGGUCCCUAUAGGGGCAAUCUUAAUGGCCUUUAGUUGGCCCCUUUGAACACGGCACAAAAAUGAUUCAGCUUUCUCAUCCAUAAUAAAAGUUUUCUAGGAAACAGCAACAUUUGUCGGGUUCCUGGACCUCGAUGACGUUCUCAUCCCACAAAUGGGACCUACGUAUUUGCGAGAGUUUACCUAUUACUAUCACAUGCAGCCCUAUGUGGCUUUUUUGGAAUAUACGAAAUCAAACGCAGAAGUGAUCUCGAGUAAGUAAGAGUAAUUUAACAGCCGCUUGGCAAUCAUAAAAUUUUGAUAUUAGCGCAGACCGCAACUGGAUUUUCAUUGCAAAAUAUGUUCGGAUCUCUGAAGUUUCUCAACGUCGUAUGUUUUUAUUUCGCUAUUUUCCAUCACAGCGAACUUUAGACAGAAACUGGAAAACUUGUCACGAAACCGUCGAUGAUCAAUUCAACGUGGAUACAUUGGCCUACUGUUAAGCCAAUUGGUGUCGACAAGUUCAGAUAUCGAUAUUUUUAUUGGUAUAUCUAUCAGUUUCAGACUGACCACGACUAACACGAUCACUCAUUUGAAAAGUUUGAAAAGGGUGAGCGUCGAGAAGUGGAAAGCUUUUUUUGAACUUUAGAAUCCAUUACAGGAAGUGAAUCCUGCUCCUAGCAAAAGGAUUCCAAAAUCGAGUCGUGACACGGGCAAAGAUUUGAUUUCGGAGACGGCAAUCGUCAAUAUAGAAUCAGACUUGCAAAAGUAGGUUUUUUUCCAGUUUAAAAAACCCUACCUGUUAAAUUCGGAUUACUCAUUACACGGUGUUUUUUUGACGACGCCUUUUUUCCGUAAAGUUUCAUGUGUCGUGUGCAUGCACUGCAGCGCUCACCUGCAGAAAAAAAAAUUGAGUGAGUGAUUUUGUCUCAGUGACCUAUUGCAACACUGCGCCUUUAUGUCCUUUUAUUUACGCCCUUAGAGGCGAAAUCUCUGCCGUUCCCAUAACGGGAACGGCGGAGGUUUUGACUUCGCCCACCUCAUUUUUCGUUUCGCAUUUUCUUCCAUUACCAAAAACGCCAUGUAUUUUCUACAAAAACAUUUUCAAAACUCCUGGUCUGCCGAAGUUAUUGAAAUGAUCACUUAAACGGUGAGAGUUGCAGGAUGAUGUCGAGAGAAGACCUUAAAGAAAUAAUGGAGAAUCUGCCCACGGACUUUUUCUACAUGGAGCUCGUGUCCAAGUGCUACCAAGAGAAGUACUACCGAUUCCACUACGCAGGCCGCAUCGACGAGAUUUCUUGUCCCGGACCAGACCUUUGCUCGGUUUGUCCAACCAUCCCUUGAAGCCACGCCCCCUUUUCAGUAUCCUGAGCGAGACGACAUCGAAUGCGUCCACUCCGACGCACACUAUUUUUCGGCUCAGCAGACGUCUCCUCUUUGGUUUCAUUUUGCGACGAACUCUUCUUUUCGUGUAACCAAAGGAUGUUUUCCUUAACUUUUCUUUUUGUUUGGUUUUUCAAAGUUUCAUCGGGUGCUUCAAUUUUCUCGAAUAAAUUCAAGGGUCAAAAACUCUGAAGAUAUAUAAAUAAAUAAAAUCUUUAACAGUCGCUUAUGCGUAAGUUUUUCUAUUUUUGAGCAGUGCAUUUACAAAAAGGCAAAAAUUGGCUACCGGCACCAACAUAUUCUUUUUGGCUGCCAACUCAUCGCUCAAACUCCGCCCCUUAUGCGUAGGUCAAACCAAUCAGUGAACGAGCCACCCACAGAGCAUUGUUGGGAGCGGAAUUUGAGGCUUGACAUUCUUCGGACUGAAACAAUUUUUUUGUGAAGGGAAUAUUUCUAAGCAAAAAUAUCAAGGAUGAAAGAAGUUUUGUGAGAAAAAAAAUGUCAAAAUUGAGCCUUGAAUAGUUUUUUUUGGCAAAGUUUGAUAUUACGUUUAUUCCGCCCGGAAAUUUAAAAAAAAAUCGGCUUUGAUAGUUGAACUGGAGUUUGAACUUGGACUGGACGACAAGGAUCUCCGCGAUAGAUUUCAUCGAGAUAGAUGUCCUCCUCCUCCUGGCCAUGGCUGCAAUGCUUCCUCGACUUCUACCCGCUGUACUCUCCAUCUUCUUCAUUUCAUUCCUCGUAUUUUUCGUUACUUCUGUCAUUCGAAAGUUCUCGUGCGUCUUUUAUUCAUUAGAUGGAGCCCUUUAUUUAUCAUUGAAAUAGUAAAAUCAUUAAUAGAAAUAUACUUUUCGAAUUGCAGCUGUUUCACAUUCGAUUCGAAACAGUUCAUUUUUUUUACCCUAACUAAUAUCGACUACUGAAAAAAAGGCCACUGAAGUGGUGACUCAAGGACUUCUUGGAGAGGGCACUAAAAUGGAUACUAAAACUAGUUCUUUAGAAGCCACUACUUUGAGUCCUGGUGGCCACUACAGUGAUUUUCAAUAGUACCACUUAGACUCCUAAAGAGGCCACUAAAUUUUAGUCACUCAAGUGGCCACUGAUUCUACUACUAUAGUGGCCACUAGAGCGUCGUAACCCUAAAGUAGCCACUAAAAAUUCUCCCAAAGCACUUGAGUGGAUCCUUAUCGCAAAAAUUGAAAUUUUCACAGAAACUACCAAUAUGAAUACGUGGAAGAGGUGCAUACUUCUGAGCCUUACGAUGUGUUCCUUACGUCUUCUUACUACUACAAAACAUCUAAAAGGUUUUUUUUAUGGAAAAGUCUUUGAUUUUGAUGAUAAUCCAGUCUCGGAGACUCUUCCAUAGCGAUAGUCUUGUCGGCAGACUUUGAGAUCAUCUCGAAAUUGGGAUCUCUACAGCUGACGGCCUUCAAUGCAUCUUCCCGUCUCGAUACAACUUUAAGAUUGCAAAAGUCAGGAACUCUUCUUUUUCGCUCCUUCGCAGUAAGAUCUUUCCAGAAUCACGCCGCACGAGGCUUGCAAGUGGAUCGCCAUCUUCGCCACGACCACUCUUCUGCCCAAUCUUUCUGGACUGCGCUUAUCUCUAGGGAACAGAAAUGCCAUGGUUUGACCAUCAAAUCUAGUUAAAGAUGAAUCUUCUAUCAUUAUCAAUAGCAUGGAACCAUUUGUAUAGUUUGUGUACCAAGACUUGGAAUUUCACCGAACGACAUUCCGCUGUGCCGCUGCGCGCCUUUGCGAACCUUGGUCGCCCUUUUAAUUUUUUUUUUUCUUUUAUUAAGGUACUCUACUUUCAUGUGCUCCAACAGCAAUAACAAUCAAUUGAAAACGUGACCUAGAUUCGAAAGACGCUUCGCGAACGCACGCAGCGGAACAGCGGAAUGUCGUUCCGUGAAAUUUCAAGUCGUGGCACACAGACUAUGUGCUCAAUUAGAUCUUUUUUAAUAAAUUCUGCGGACCUGCUGUAGAGAAACUAGAUGGACAAGAGGAAGGAGAAUCGAUGAGAAAUGAAAGGGAAAACUCAUCAGAAUAUUUAUUCAAGAAAAACUGAACCAAACCUGUAUACUUUGACGCAAGUUCUUAAAAUGGAUACAACAUCAGCGUGAACUUUCAGAUUCCAUUCGAAGCUGUGUCGUACGAGUCGAAGCCAGUCGUCAUGUGCAUUUCGCCUUUGUUCGCGAGCGAGCAUUGGCACAACCUGGUUCUGGCUUUGCACUUGUACAGACACUACGGGGCACAUGCGCAUCUCUACGUCAGGAGUGUCGUGUCUCCAUUGCUCGAAACGCUGCGGGAGUACGAGAAAGAGGUUUUAGACUUUUAAUCAAAUGAAGAAAAAGAGGUUCUCUCCAGGGAUACGUGACAAUCCGUUCUUGGCCUCGGAUCAAGCUGCUCACGAUUCUCUCCGAAGAUUUCAAUCCAAACCUCAAUGUUGAGUUUCGCAGUCAAGCUGCUGCUCAAACCGACUGUCUUUUGAAACACAAGGUUAUUCUUCUGAAGGUUUCAACUGACGGAACUUUUCAGGAAUCAUCAGAUUUCAUCGCGUUUGUUGACCUCGAUGACGUUAUUAUUCCGCGACACGGAGAUAGUUACUUCGCCGAAUUCAAUAGCCUUUCGAAAAGCUUCCCUCAAGCUGCCUACUUUCAUUAUACCAAAGAAAAUGUUCAAAUGAAAGCUAGUGAGUGGAAAUUACAGCUGGUUCACGGCUAGCUUGGGACGUUAAGGGGCGUGGCCUGUCUGCGCUCUCUACGAGCCAGGCACUAUCUCGUGCAUUUUCGUGUCAGGACCCUUUUUUCGAUGGCUCAAGUCAGCCGUGAAUCAGCUAUAGAGAUCGAAAAAAAAAAUUACCUUUCAGACAAAAAGGCGCACUCUUUCUCACUAAAGGAGUCAAUUAAAAGUAUUCGUUUUACGGGGGUCAGUGAAACGGGAAAAAUGGUGGUCAGAUCUUCUAUGGUAGACGCCGUGUGGAUCCAUUGGCCAGCAGUAGAUCUACCGAGGUAAUUUAUGAAUUCAUGAACUUUCAUAAAGAUAAUAAGCUUCAUGAAACUAACGUGUGCUCACUUUAACGAAUAUUUCUGAAAAAAAAAAUGGACAAGGAAUUGCAAAAAUCCACAGAUAUUCGUUUCACUAGCCCAUGUUCAUUUUCAGCUACACUGUACCCACGAGCUUCAACUCAAUUACUCAUCUUAAAGAAAUUCUCAUGGUCAGCCACUUUCCGCUAUAACGAACUUUCACUCUCAUAACCGUCCGCUUUCAAAUUUUCAGACUGACGAGGGAGAAGUCCUAUCUGAAGGGAAUAAACAUAAAAAUAACAAGAAAGGAAAAAAUAAAGGCACCGGAAUUAUAAAGCCUUCUGAGUUGGACUCUAUCGAAAAAAGCUUUAAAAGGUUUUCUAGCUACCUCUUCUUCGCGAAACUAUCUCUUUCAGAAUGGUGUGGAACACCCCAAUCAGAAGAUAUUUGAGCGAAGUCCCGACCAAGAUGUUCUAUCAGCAACUGAUAGCGGGCUGUUUUCAGCGUACCUUCUACAGCUAUCAUUACGCUCAACUUCAAAACUUCAUGCCUUGUCCAGGACCAGAGAGAUGCGAAGUUUUUUUUAUUGGUCCAACUUGAUUUUAAACAUUCAUUAACUUUUAGUUGGGCUCUUAUCGGAUACAUUGCUGGAACAGUGUUGCCGAUUACCAUUCGACAAGCGAUGGAAAAUCGCUUAACGUACAUUAUGCAACAAAUCCCUCUUUUCAUUCUUCUUUUGGGUGCUCUGUAUAA